AACACAAUUAGCCAGACAGUUUUAUGAUGUACAUCACUAACAUGGAUGCAAUGUUUCCUUUUGAAAUUAUCUUCUAUUCUGAGUCACUGGCUUAGCGUUGAAUUGGUAAGCAAAGACAUUUGCUGGUAACCUCGCAAAGACUCUGACACGGAAAGAGCAGGCAGGAGGCUGGGCUGGGAGGGUGAUUAAGACAUAGAGGAAACCGAGUGGUUUGACAGCUGUGGAGUCUACUGAUGAGACCAGCAGAAUUAUAGAUAGUGCUGUGAAUGGGAGUGAGUUUAGGGAAGUGAAAACCCAGUCAAAACGGGAACCGUCAUUUACCUUCAGGGUGGGCGGAAGUAUCAGUGAAAGCGACAGAAGGUAAAUGACGCACUUUGAUGGGAGAGUGAGUUGGCGUGGUAGAGGCUUAAAAGGAACAGCGGUUAGAGACACCGACGUGGAGGCAGAGUCGGCAGAGGAACCAGCUGAGGGCAUGUCUGCCGUGCCUCUGUGGGCCCAUCGGGGCCUCUUCCUUGAGGACAUCUGUGUCCAGAUGUGAGCAAGACCAGAACGAAAGCCCUAAGAUGGAGGAGAGUGUUCCUUGUCGGAGCAAGAGCAACAAGGGGAAGAGGGUUCAUUGCUGGGCACAUCAUUAAUUCUGGAAAUGAGUAAAAUGUGUUUGCUCUAGAUGAAAGUGCUGCCCGGAACCAUUUCUUCUCUCUCUCGGGAAAGAAUGAAGUCUCUGGUCACCAACUACCCAUGGCCUUUGCCACUGCUGCUGCUGCUCCUGCUGCUGCCGCCAAGGCUUCAAGGGGACUAUUGGGAUCACUAUGAAUAUGAAGUAGACCCAGAAACCCGUGACUACAUAAGAGAACUUCACUCUACAGGGCCUACCCAGCCACCUACCAAAGAAAGACUCAGAGAAAAGAUCAUCGCUGAACCCCAGCGACCUUUCUAUGGUGAUGAUUACUGUGACAGCGAAAUCAAGUCUAAAAACAUCCACCACAGGCUUCUCUGUUACCCAGAGCACUACUUUGUAAAGGUGGACUACCAGGUCCUAAAGGAUGCCUGCCACGGCAGACGGGUGAGAUGUAAGAACGGGCCUGGGGUUUGCAGGAGAAGCACGGACGUAAUAAGUGGAGUGCGGUGUACCUUGCUCAGUGGCAAGAGGAUGCCAUACUGCUUAUAUGAAAGCAGCUUCACGAGAGGGUAUGCAGUUGUCACUUGUCAGUGGGACAAUGACUCCAAUGACUUUAUUCCUAACAAUGUACUUGAUAUGCUGGUACCCAACUAGCAGGAAAGUAUCACACACCAGAAAGUGUGUCUCUUCCGCCUCUCGCCCCCGACAUUCUAGUUUUCUCCAGGCAGUUAUAUCUGGGAGUAGCUCGCCCUCUAGAUACUGACACUGUUAAUCAGAAGUGAGAACGACACUUUCAGCCCAUUCGCUCUGAUCAUCUGCUUCCCUCCUUCCCUGUCCCCAGAGCAUUGAAUGGCAACAAGAGCUCUGCUCACAAGACUCUAUCAGAUGUUGAUGGAGAUUUUCUGGUCCAGCUGUCUCUCGUGGCCCUUGAAACCCAAAUAAACACACAGAUGCUAUAUUAAUUAUAAAA